GGUUCCUGACAGACAAUCCAGAGGAUGACAUUCCUGAUAUCCACGCCCGGAGUAUGAAGAGCAGGCGUAUCGAGCGGCAGGCUGAUUAUGUAGGAAAAGGUACCAAAACAUCAGACGUGGAGUAAAAUCUGCACGGCCUAGGGGGGCACAUUCAGCUAGACAGCAUGCGUCAGAAUCAGCUAGCUUACUAGUAAGCCCUAUGUACCAAAAAUAAGACAUGAACACAGUAUUUGUUAUUGUUUGUUGCCAGAGCUUCAAGAGUUUUGCGUUCACAUUCAGUGUGAUGUAAUUAAUUGAUAAGAUCUACAGUUUUUGAGUUAUUCUGGCUCAAUGUGUAAUUUCAAGAAAACCUGUAUGGAAACUAAAGACUAUGGGGAACCUUUGGGGCUGUUUUUGCUUUGUGAUGAAAGAAAUCCCCAAAAAUGUACAGGAAUGCUUAUGUGCCAUCAUGCAAUGCUGAUAUUUCAAAUGCAGAUAGACAAAACGUGUUUGGGGAAUGAGCUAAUUGGGGGUUAGUGUGAGCCGUUUUGACUAGAGUACAUCUAAACUAUCAGACCUGAAGAAUUGUUUUUGUUUCAGGGGCCUUAGCCACAACGUCAUGUCUAGUGACUGCAGAUGGGAAGUAGCAAGUAGCUAAAUCUGGUACAAAGCAUCUCCUCUUUUCUCUUGUUUGAGGUAAAAGUUUUUUGUAUGUGUUCCUUACGAAUACAUUAAAACAAUCCAAAUACUCCCACCGGAACCGCACCCAACUAGGACGAGUCACCAACCAAACUCUCUACGGUUUUUUGUUGAUUAAAAAAAGAAAAACAUAAUUUCACGGUUUUAUGUAUUAAUUUAUCCAAUAAAAAAAAAUAAAAACAUAUUUUCUCUUUUCUCAGCCUUGUAAUUGCACAAAGUAAAGUCUUCGUCGUGUAGUUAACCCUCCAGAUUCCCAGAAGUAUCACAGAGGAAAUGACUUCAGUGUCCUCAUUGGUAGCCAUGGCCUUGUUUGUAACAAAAAAACUCAGUUGUGCCGUAAGAAACUGCUGACGCCCCAAAUGCAGAUUUACAAAAAUGGGAUGGAGAAAAGGUCUGAUUCGGGCAAGUGUUAGCCAUUUUGUAGGGGAUGUGCCCGUUUUAUCUCUGCUGUACAUUUUUCAGCCAGCCGAACCAAAGAACAAGCCGGUCCAAGCUAACUCGCAGUCUGCGGUGUUCCCCUCUCUGUUCGCAGAUUGUGUUGAAGCCUACCAGAAUCAUCUGAAAGGGGAAACAAAUGGCCUGUUUAAGAUCAAACCCGGCGGCACGGACUCCACUCGGGUAGUGGCAGUUUACUGCCAGCAGGAGGGUCUUAUGGGUGGGUGGUUGUUAGUCCAGCAGAGAGAGAGUGGCGCGCUCAGCUUCAACCGCACCUGGGCCCAAUACCGUGGCGGGUUCGGCUCGGUUGAUGCACACGGCAAGGGGGAGUUUUGGCUAGGCAACCAGAACCUCCACCUGUUGACUAAUCAGGGUGAGACCAUGCUGAAAGUGGAGCUUGAGGAUUGGGAAGGGGGCAUAGCAAGUGCUGAGUACACAAUCAGGGUCGGUUCGGAGGAGGAGGGGUACCCGCUGCAUGUGUCCAGGUACACUGGGGACGCGGGGGAUGCUCUUGUGAUGCCUAAGUCUGAUAUGGCGUCUUAUCUGUCCCACAAUGGGAUGAAAUUCAGCACCUUCGACAAAGACAACGAUAAUUGGGAGGAGAAUUGCGCGGAGAUGUACGGGGGCGGCUGGUGGUACAACAACUGCCAGUCAGCUAACUUAAAUGGGAUUUAUUACAAAGGCACGUACGACCCGGAGAAAAACUCGCCGUAUGAGAUUGAGAACGGAGUUGUGUGGGGGACGUAUAAACCAGCCAAUUACAGCCUGAAAACUGUCAGGAUGUUUAUCCGACCGGCUGCUUUUUAAUGGGACACGGAGCAGUGGAAAAGUGAAGAAAACUUGUCGAACUAAUAACACUUUUAUACACAUUUUAGAACUGGUUGCCAGAGAGGGAACAGUCAGAAAAUAAUGAGAAUGAAAUUGGAGAGGAAGUAAAACAGAGGAGCUGAUGGUAAAGAUUUCUAGGACCAAAUUCAAAGGUGGUUUCAGACCUUGUGGACAGUUUAUCUGUUCGUAAAUCAUUCUGGGAUUUCAAAAUAAUGUCAAACAGUGUCCGUGUAUCUUCAUUUGUAUUUAUGUCAACCCUUGUGUAAACAGCAUUGACCUGUUUGUUAGGAUGACCAAACCAGUGUUCUUGGAAAAACCCAAUGUUCUCCCUGUUGCUGAACUCUGCUCAAUCAAUAAAGAUUCAAUGUUCACUUCAGCUACUGUAUUUUUUCAGGAUGUAACUUUUUGUACUAAAAGACAAUUUUUCCAAAAUACCAAAGAAAAUGUACUGGCUUACAUUGUAGUGGAGUAAUAAGCCAUUUGAAUACAAACUUUUUUUUUUUUUU